AUGGACCCUGCACGAGGCUCAAAACGAAGUUCUAUCUCGUUCGGAAGCUAUCAGAGACAACCACCCCAAAGCAAUUACCUGUCUACUCCCUAUGAAGGAUCGGUACUUCCGCCAGGCGCUGGUAGUGGUACGACGAGUUACUAUGGAUCCCAUUCCCCAAUGUAUUCGCCCUUGGAUUACUCCAACCCAGUGCUGUGGCCCAGUGGAUAUUCUCAGUUGCACCAGUUUAGGAACUCGACAUCGAUGAGUGGCCCGCCCGUGUGCGAAUACGAAGCUCACUAUCCCCUGUUUGCCGUGGAUUGGAGUGUUGAUGACUACGUUUGCCUAGGCUCUUAUGCGGAAGGUGGUGUAAAUCGUUUACAAGUGAUCAAAUCGCCGGAUGUGCUUAGUUGGGACCGCGUGGCAGAAUGUAAUGUAACUUUCCCUGUUAGCACGAUCCAAUGGCAACCUGCUAGGGCUCAGCCAAGGACGUUUGCCACUUGCUCAGACUCCCUAGANNGGUUUUGGUCUUUGACUGAAGACGAAACUGCCAUCCAGGAACAGAUCAAUUUGUCCCUGUGUAAGCAUAACAAGCAGCAGAGUGAGAAGGGGAAGGAACUAGUGGGCACUAAUGGUGUUCUGGGUGAACUUCCGCCAAUUACAUCAUUUCAUUGGAACCCUACAGACCCCAACCUACUAAUUUCAAGCUCUAUCGAUACCACUUGCAUCGUCUGGGACCUGCAAAGUGCUAACUACAUCAAGACCCAGUUGAUCGCCCAUGACAGCGAAGUGUUCGACGUAAGAUUCCUUACACAAUCAACCCAAUUGUUCGCCAGUUGCGGUGGAGACGGCAGUGUACGAGUCUUUGACCUACGUUGCCUUGCUCACAGCACAAUUAUUUACGAACCAACAAUACCCGAUGGUGCACCCGAUCUGCCCUCACCAACCGUUCCACCAGCUCUACUUAGACUCGAGCCCUCACCAUUCGACCCUAACGUCAUUGCUACGUUCGCCAUAGACUCAUCCAAGGUCCUUAUCCUCGACAUGCGCAGCCCAGGCUCUCCAUUACUCACACUAGAAGCCCACACGGCUCCAAUUAAUCAAAUCAAAUGGCACCCAACCCGCAGAAACGUUCUUCUCUCAGCCAGUGAUGACUGUCAGGUCCUAUACUGGGACCUGAACACCCACCUCGAUUCAGAAUCUACCAAAGAUACUACUCCGGACUCACAACCAGAUUCAACAGUACAAAAACCCGCCAUGUUCUACGCUUCGGGCGGACAAGAGGUAAACAACAUCGUCUGGAGACCCCAGGGCGACUGGUUUGGUGCCAUUAGUCACAAGAGAUUCCAAACAGUCAAAAUAUAG